GGGAUGGAAAGGUCCUGGGAAGUCAGAGCCAGCCCCUCCCUGUUUAGCAUUGAAGGCUGACACACAAAAUAGGAAACGCCUGAGCCGCCUGCAGUGGAAAGUUGGAGCUGCGGUGUGUGGCAGGCGGAUGCAGGAGCAGAGAGCAGCUGGGGAGAGAAAGACUCAAAGGACGUGGUGGGGCACAGCUAGGACGAUGCAGUUCCUGGAUUGGCUAAUAGUAGCCACUUGCCUUCUCCCUGGGGUAACUGCAACCCAGCACUAUCCAGGGCAGCCCAUGAACAGAGCCAGCGUGGGAGGUGGCCUGCAGGAGCCAGAGGCCCCGGAAGUGAUGUUUGAGCUGCUUUGGGCUGGGCUGGAGCUGGAUGUCAUAGGGCAGCUGCACAUCCAGGACGAGGAACUGGCGUCCACACGCCCAGGCCGCCGACUCAGGCUCCUCCUGCAGCACCACGUGCCCAGUGACUUGGAGGGUGCUAAGCAGCGGCUGCAGCAGUUCCAGGACCUGCGGAAAGGGCCUCCUCUUAGCCCUUGGGACUUUGAACACCUGCUCCUCACAAGCCUGUCCUGUGUCUACCGGCUCCAUAAGGCUAGUGAGGCUGAGGAAAGAGGUCGCUGGGCCCAGGUCUUCGCCCUGCUGGCACAGGAAACACUCUGGGACCUAUGCAAGGGUUUCUGCCCCCAGGGGCAGCCCCCUUCUCUGGGACCCUGGGCCUUGAUCCUUGACCCCUUUCCCUGACCCUCCCCAACUCCUACCCCAAGCCAGACCCACCCGGGGCAGUGUUCUUUCCACUGUGUUCAGGUCUCUGGCCUUGGAUUGUACCCUGGAACCCACUUUACCCCUUCCCCAUUUUCUUCCCUGAGCUCUGGCAGGCUAAGAGCCUGGGUCUCAGGCAGCAGGCACAGACUCGCGGGUGUGUGUAUAUGUGUGUGUGUAUGUGUGUGUGUGUGUGUGUGUGUGUUGGGGUCAGGGUUGAGAAGUGUGCUCAAGAGAUGCUGAAAAAGCAGCUGCCCUCAAGAAAGCCAAGUUAGAUGCUCCAACUCCCACCCUGGCAGUCCAUAACAAGUCCUGUGGAAUCUACAGGAGCCUUGUGAAUGCUCAGCACCCAGUCCUAAUUUAGAUACCCCUUUUAAGUCCAACCAGUGCUCGGAGUCCCUGAGCCCCAAGUUCCCCAUUUGGACUAGCCAUAGACUACACAUCUUUAGUCCUGUCUGUUGGAGGAGGAGAGGAGGAAAGCAGGUGGAGAAACAUUACCUUUUCUGGAGGGGGCGGGUGGAGACAGGGAAGCGGAUAUUUUUUGGUCCAUCUCAACAAGGCUCAAUUGAACACCUCGAGUGGGGAGUAAGGCUGUGAGGGCAGAGACAAGCUGAGGUUGGCUGGUGUAGUCCUGAUCCUGUGUAGCUAUUCCAUUAAAUGUUCUGUUCUGGC